GAUUAGCCUAUUGAGCCGAAGCGCUGGCCUCCUAGCAGCUCUUAAGAAAACUACCCCAAUUAUGUGGUCGUGACCUAAUAUGGCCAUGGUGGCCCAGAUGCCCAGGACGGGACGCUUGGUGAGAUGGGGCUGGCCUCCACACAGGCUGCACCCAGCAGGGAUCACGUUGCAGAGGGAUGGUGUCUGAGGGUCCCUUGGUAGCAGGGACAGCUCAGACGUUGGGUCCACCUGACAGCCCUGGGGUGGUCUGGGCGCCUCCCUGUCUGGCUUUUCCCAGGGGUGUUGUACGCCGCGGUGGGCGAGGCCGAGGGAGGCCGCUCUCCUCUCUUUUGGCUGCGGUGUUGCAGGGAGCGUCCUCAAAGAGCCCAGGAUUUCAUCUCAGCCGAGGACACUGAGUCUGAGAAAGGUCACAGGUGCGAACACGGAGGGAGGGCUCACGAGUUCCCACUGAUUAGCUAACACUGCCUUCUGUUCACACCCUCUCUCCCUCCUCAGUUUUGUUCAGUUACGCUGUACCCCCGCCCUAGGAGCACCAUGGUCCAUCAGCCAUUAUCAAAGAGCCCCGAGGGUCCAGGCCCCCUAGCGACCAUUCUGGUCCAGCUGGUGGGGGGGACACAGCCCUUCAGUGUCAUCACAGUAACUAGAGAGGAUGGACGGGAAUGGCCUCCACCCCUGGGGCGAUCACUUCUGAAGACAGGAAGUUACAUAUCACAGAGGGGAGGAGGUCCCAAUGAGGAGGAAACAGUGCAGUGGGCUCUGCUGGGCGUGGGUGGGGCCCUGAGACCAGCAGCUGCACGCACACCCACAGCCCUGGCCAAGCCCGGCACUGGGAGUGAGAGGAGCCAGGACUCUAAGUCCCUGCCACUUGCCAUCUCUCGCUGCCUGCUGUCUCUCACUGCCUGCAUCAGAACCACCUCUAGCGUCAGACCUGAGGCCGGACCAGAAAGUAGAGAGGGUGGAAGAGCCCAGUGGGGCAGUGGACACUCUGCCUCUGUGACAAGGCUCCACUUUGUUCCUGCCUGGGCCUGGCAUGGCUGCCAGCGACACCUGUGCUGGAGACACGCCCUCCAGGCGCAGGGCUGUGUGGCUGUCUCCUCCCCUGCUCCUCCUGCUCAUUCAAGGCUGUUUCUGUCUGAGCGGCCCCAGCACUGUGAGAGGCACCGAGGGGGGAUCCCUGAGCGUGCAGUGCCGGUACGAGGAAGAACACAGGAUGCGGGCCAAAUUCUGGUGCCGUCACCCGUGUUUGCCAGCACAGAAGAUCGUGAAGACAAAACUGCCAGAGGUAGAAGCGCGGAGCGGCCGAGUGUCCAUCAGGGACCAUCCUGCAAACCUCACCUUCACCGUGACCUUGGAGAACCUCAGCAUCCAGGACGCGGGCACAUACCAGUGUGGGGUGGAUGUGCCACAGGGGUGGGACAUCUUCUUCCUGGUGACGGUGCUCGUGUCCCCAGCCCCGGCCACAGCCCCCAGCUACGGAGGCCCCACAAUCCCAGCGAUGACCCUGCCAGCACACACCGGAGAGAAGCCCCCUGAGCCCAGCCCACACCCUCGGUCCCUGCUCGGCAGCGUCCACGGCCUGCUGCUGGUCUUCCUGAAGCUGCCCCUGCUCCUGGCCAUGCUGGCUGCUGUCCUGUGGGUGAACCGGCCGCAGCGGGGCCCUGGGCGAGGCCAAGUCAGCUGAGCUGGAAGAGCGCACAGCCUUGAUGCCACGGAGGCCCUUGGGGAACAGAAGGAUCCGGAUUUCCAUGAGAAUGCUCUCUGCUUUUCCUAACCUGCCAGUGAGGCCCACACAGAAAUGAACGCGCCCAGUACACACGCGAUGUGCCUGUAACCGCGAUGGGCUUGGGGCACGCCUCGCACUGCGGGCCACAGCAGCUCACACAGCGCGGGAGCCCCGUCCCCUGCACAGCUCUGCGGAAUUCCGGGCUCGCCACUGCCUGGGUUCUGCCAGAGGAGGAAGCACAUGGGAUGUCCAAGGGGCGUCUCCUUCAGCCUCGUUUGCUCUUAACUGUGCCGAGACGAGAGGACCCAGCUUCAUUGCUGAGGGCGGGGAUGUUCUCGCCCGCGUUGCCCCUGGGAGGGUCGUGGCUGAGCCGGUCCUUUGCAAGCUCUGUGCUCUGUGCAUGAAGGCACUGAGACUCGUCUGUCCCUCUGUCGGUGGCAUCGGUCAUCUUCUUCUUUGUCUUUGUGCUUCCCCCUCCUUGUUUUUGGCGACUGUUACAACAUUCUUGAGGACAUCCUUAAGCACAUGCCCCCCUGGGUCCCUCGUGUUCGCGGCUUCCGGAGUGCAGGCGCCUCCCCAGACUCCAUGGCCAUGGCCGUGCUUUGCUGUGUUGCUCAGGCAGCUCCCCGCGGACACAACCCCAAAGUGUCUCCCAACGUCACCCCAGCAGCCGCCCCUCCCACCCGCCGGCCCUUUGCCCCAACCCUGUAGGCCUCUCCAGCCUCCUCCACUGAGGGCAGAAGAAAUGGGAUCUCUGUGUCGUCAUUUGCAUGUCAUUUGCAUUUUCAUUGCACAGAGGACCCAGGAGUUGAAGCCCCUCCCACGGGUUUGUUGGCCACCUGGAUCACAUUGUUGUGAAAUGUCUCUUCUGGUCUUCCAUCUAUUACUUUUUUUAAAAUAAGAUUUUAUUUAUUUAUUUGACAGGUAGAGUUACAGACAAUGAGAAUGAGAGACAGAGAGAAAGGUCUUCCAUCCGCUGGUUCACUUCUCAAAUGGCUGCAGUGCCCAGAACUGGGCUGAUCCAAAGCCAGGAGCCUCCUCCUGGUCUCCCAUGCAAGUGCAGGGGCCCAAGCACUUGGGCCAUCUUCUACUGCUUUCCCAGGCCAUAGCAGAGAGCUGGACCAGAAGUGGAGCAGCCGGGACUAGGACUGGCGCCCAUACGGGAUGCUGGUGUCACAGUCGGAGGAUUAACCCACUGUGCCACAGCCCGGCCCCUCCGUCUAUUUCUGUUGUCUGAGUUUUCCUCAGGUGUUUGCAGAAACUCUUUGCAAGUCCUUCGUUAAUCUGUGGGCUCUGAAUACACUCUCCUAGUUUGUCAGCUUCAUGAGAUCUUUGGGAAAUGGGUUUUCACUUUCCUGUAGCAAAUUAUUCAGUAUUUUCCUUUAUGGUUCAUACUUUUUGCAACUGCUUAAGAAAGUAUUUGUCCCUGGGGCCGGCUUUGUGGUGUAACUGCUUAGGCCACUGCCUGCCGUGCCAGCAUCCCAUACGGGUGUCAGGUUGAAUCCUGGCUGCUCCACUUCCAAUCCAGCUCAUGCUUAUGGCCUGAGAAAGCAGUGGAGGAUGGCCAAGUCCUGGGUGCCUUGCAUUAUCCAUGUGGAAGACCUGGAUGAAGCUCCUGACUCCUGGCUUCUGCCUGGUCCAGCUCUGACCAUUGCAGCCAUUUGGGGAGUGAACAAGAAGAGGGAAGAUCACUCUCUAUCUCUUUCCCUGCUCUGUUACUCUGCCUUUCAGAAAAUAAAAUAAAUCUUUUUUUAAAGAAAUUAUUGAUACCCACCCCCAAAAUUUAAAAAUAUUCCCCUACAUUACCUCUAAGUGUUUUUGAGUUUCCCUUUCACAUGUAAUCCCUUGAGCUGCCUGUCAGUGACCUUUGUGUCUAGACUGAGGAGUGAUCCACUGUCUCUCCUCUGUCUGCUUCAACAUUAUCCAGAUUUCCCAGCUGCCCUGCAGUGGCGCUCCCGGCAUCCUCUCCCUUCAGUUUCUGUGUGGAUCUGUUUCUCACCUCUAUUCUGAUUACAUUGAUAACUGCCAAUCAGGGAGCCUACACAACGUUGUUAUCAGCACUACAGCUGGAUUUUGAAAUCUUGAUAUCUGGUAGGUCAUGUUCUUUGUUAUCGACUGUCUUUGCAAACAUUGGCCAUUUCCCUGUCUACAAAAAUUUUGGAAUUAGGCAAGUUUCUAAAAUGGAAUUUUUUAAAAAAAUCUCUGUUGAAACAUUGGAUGUAAGUGUAUCAAGUCAUCAUCAUGAUAAUUUCCCUAUCCAUGAACAUGGUAGGUAAUUCCAAUUAUUUUUGAAUUUUAAAAUGUCUUUUGCUGGGGCUGGUGCCGUGGUGCAGUAGGUUAAUCCUCCACCUUUGGCACCAGCAUCCCAUAUGGGCUCCGGUUCUAGUCCCGGCUGCUCCUCUUCCCAUCUAGCUCUCUGCUAUGGCCUGGGAAAGCAGUAGAAGUUGGCACAAGUCCUUGGGCCUCUGCACCUGCAUGGGAGACCUGGAAAAAGCUCCCGGCUCCUGGCUCCAGAUUGGUGCAGCUCUGGCCAUUGCAGCCAUUUGAGGAAUGAGCCAACAGAAGGAAGACCUCUCUCUCUGUGUCUCCCUCUCACUAUCUUUAACUCUGCCUUUCAAAUAAAUAAAUAAAAUCUUAAAAACAAA